AUUUUUUCGGUUCGGUUUUCGGGUAAAGAAUCGGUUCGGUUGAAAAAUGCCCAGCCCUAGUCAUAGGACAGGGUACGGAAAAGUGUUAAAUGUUCAUGUAUCCAACAAGAGAGACAGGAGUGGAGGGAAGUAUGGUUUUGUAAGAUUUUUGAAUGUGAAGAGUACUUCUGAGCUUGAAGAAAGACUUAACGGGUUUUGGAUUAACAAUUUUCAUAUGAGGGUUAAAUUUAUAUGCUUUGGGUGGAAGGAGAAUACUGAUCUGAAGGUGGGAGAGGCAAAGAAGGUUGAGAUGGGAAAGAUUAGAAGGAAGAUGAAGUGGGUGGCAAAGGGUGCAAUUUCAGAGCAAGAAGAAAAAGCAGGGAUAUUACAAGUUAGAGAGAAAGUUACUAGUGAUCAAUCUAAGGAAAGAAAGGUGAUUGAAUAUUCCGUGGAAGAGAAGGAUUAUGCUUGGUUGAAUGCUUGUGCAGUAGGUACAGUGAUAUCCUCGGAAACUAUCCCUUCUUUACAAGAAAUCUUUGAGAUGAAAGGGUAUUUCGGCAUUGCAAUUGUCCUUCUAAGAGGAAAUAUGGUACUGCUAAAAGGUGAGGAUGAUGAUCUUAUAAGGGAGUUGGUAAACAAUGAAAGGAGAUGGUUGGAGAGAUGGUUUGAGCGAGUUAAAUUGUGGUUGGCAUUUGACCUUAACAAAGACAGAUUUGUCUGGCUAAAAGUCUUAGGGAUUCCUCUUCUUGCUUGGAAUGAAAGUUGCUUCAAAUUGAUAGGAGAUCAUUAUGGACGAUACAUCUAUGCUGAUAAACAUACUUCAGACAAGAGUUGCUUGGAAGCGGCUAGAAUAUGUGUGAUGGUGUCUGAAUCCGAGAAGCUUGAUGGUGAUUUGGUCUUAAGAGUCAAUGGUCGUCCAUUUGAUAUACAUGUGUUCGAGGAAUCAUGGAAGGCAGAUCCUGAAUGUUGUAUCAAAUCUCGUGGCUCGAGGGAUGAGUUGGAAAAUGAAGCUAGUGGUAGCUACAUUAAUAAAGGCAUACCUAUAGGGUCUGAGAAUAUGAACAGUGCCAGAGAUAAAGGAUUGGGCCUUCAAAUUGGGCCCCAAGAAUCAAAUGUUUUUGAAGCCCAUGUUGGUGAACCCAGUCGAAAUGAUUCUAAUGUUGUGGGGGAGUUAGAAUCAGCACAAAGAAAGGAGUUAGAGAGGGAUAAAGAAUCUGGUGACCAUCAACAUUGGAAAACAGAGAAGGAGAGACGUUGGCGUGAUCUAGAGGAUGUUUAUCAUUCAGAAGCAAGUGAUGUGAGAGGUCUAAAUAAUGUGCUGAAGAAGAAGGAUGUGAAAAGUUUGGUGGUGAAAGAAAAGGUGGAUAUGAUUUUUCUCCAAGAAACAAAAUGGGAAGGAAUUGAGGCUCAAGACUGUAGGGAGAAAAUACAAAUGUGGAAGGAACUGAAGGAGGUGAUCUUGUCAGUAGGAGGCAAAGUUUGCAUAGCGGGAAACUUUAAUGUAGUCUUGAAUUCAUCUGAAAGGGUUGGCAAGUCCGAUUGCACUGAGGAAGUCAUAGCCUUUAAUGAGUUCAUAUCAGAUGCUGGGCUGGUAGAUCUGCAAUUGGUAGGGAGAAAAUAUACCUGCCACAAAGCUGAUGGGUCUGCCAUGAGUAGAAUAGAUAGGUUCUUGGUAAAUUCUGAAUUUUUGGAUGAAUGGAAUGAUUACAGCCAGGUGGAACUUCGAAGAUCAAUUUCAGAUCGUUGUCCUGUGUUGUUUAAAAUAAAUAGUAAUGACUGGGGGCCUAGGCCAUUCAGAUCAGUGGAUGAAUGGUUAGAAUAUCUUGGGUUCAAAAAAGUUAUUAAAGAGCAGUGGGAGGCAACAACAAUGGAGGGGUGGGCCGGAUUCAAAUGCAAGGAGAAGUUGAAGAAGUUGAAGAGGGAGGGAGUGGAUGAACUAUGGACGGCAUUGAAGAGGAAAAAAAGGGCUAUGGAGCUAUGGAGACAGAAAUCAAGAGCUAAUUGGGUUAGGCUUGGUGAUGCAAAUACCAAGUUCUUCCACAGAUAUGCAAGCCUAAGGAGAUCAAGAAAUUGUAUUCAGGGGCUGUGGAGAGAUGGUAGAUGGGAAGAUGAUUCGAAGGAAGUGAAGAAUGAAAUUCUUGAUUACUUUAAUAAACACUUUUCAGAAGUGAAAUGGAAGAGGUCGAUUAUGGGUGAUCUGGAAUUUAAAAAAAUCUCUAAUUUAGACAACAAUAGGUUGGAAGCAAAGUUUUCAAUUCAGGGAGUAAAGGCAGCAAUAGCAGAAUGUAGAAGUGAGAAAUCUCCAGGACCGGAUGGGUUCAACUUUAAGUUCAUCAAAUUUGCUUGGGAUAUUUUGGACGAGGAUGUUAUGCAGUUUAUGCAAGAGUUUUAUGUCAAUGGCAAACUGGCAAAAGGUAUAAAUUCUAGUUUCAUUAUUUUGACUCCUAAGGUGGAAAAUCCGAUGGGCCUUAAAGACUUUAGACCAAUCAGUUUAAUUGGAUGCUUAUACAAGAUUUUAGCCAAGGUAUUAGCCGAUAGAUUGAAGUCAGUCAUGGAGAUUUUGAUUUGUGAAAAUCAAUUAGCUUUUGUGGGUAGGAGACAAAUUGUAGAUGGUAUCCUUGUGCUUAAUGAAAUUGUAGACGAGGUGAAGAGGAAGAAGUUGGAGAGCUUUAUUCUAAAGGUAGAUUUUGAGAAGGCAUAUGAUUGUGUGAAUUGGGAAUUCCUAAACUGUAUUAUGGAGAAAUAUGGCUUUGGGUUGAGAUGGAGAAAUAUGGCUUUGGGGAUUGCAUUACUUGCUGAAGGAGGUUGUGGAUGUGGGUUUGCUAGAGGGAGAAAAUGGUGGGCAAGAUUGGAGGAAGAAGAAGGAGGUUUAUGGAAAAGGGUAGUGAUGGAGAAGUAUUAUAGGGAUGAAGAGGCAGUGGGAGUGGGGAAUGUGAGUAGAAGGAGAUUAUCUAAAGUGUGGGGAGAUAUUGUUUCAAUUAGUAGAGAUAUAGAGGUGUCUAAGGAAGUCAUAGGAGACGGCCUUGUGUGGAAGUUAGGAGAAGGUAAUAGAAUUAAAUUUUGGAAAGAUAGAUGGCUAGGGGAGCAUGUUUUGGAGGAGAUUUACCCAAGACUAAAAUAUGCCUCUUCCAAUGGGGAUAGUAGAGUGUAGGAGCUGGGGGAAUGGAGGGAGGGUCAAUGGCACCGGAAAGUUAAUUGGAGAAGGACUUUAUUUGGGAGGGAAUUGGAGGAGGAGAAGGAGUUAUUAGAGUUAAUUGAGGGUGUGCGAUUACAGCAAGGGCAGGAGGAUAAGAGGAUUUGGAAAUUUGACAAAAAUGGAGUGUACACGUCAAAAAUAGCUUAUGCGAUGUUGAAUUCAAAUCGAAGAAUUUUGGAUGAUGUUUUUUGCAAACCAAUUUGAAAUAAAUUUCUUGUUGAAAA